AUGUCGCAAUACCCAGGCUACAAUUCUGGCCGUUUCGGUGGUCCGCCGCAACCCCAAUACCACCAACAGCCUCAAGGCAAUUAUUACCCACCGCAACCUAGUUACGGUGGCGGCUAUCCGCAAGGCCAACCUUCUCCUCAACCGCCAUACGGCUACCAACAGCACGCUCCUCCACAGCAGCAGCAGUUCUACCAGGGACAGCCUCCUCAGCAGCCUCAAUAUGGUCAAUACCAGCAAGGACCUCCUCAGCCAAACUUCAAUUCGCGUCCCGGCGGCGGCGGUCCUCCCCCUCCUCCCCCUCCUACAGCCCCUCAACAGUUCGGUCAUGGCGCUCCCAAUAGCUACAACUUCAGAUACUCAAACUGCACCGGCAGGAGAAAAGCCCUCCUAAUCGGAAUCAACUACUUCAACCAGCGCGGACAGCUGCGCGGCUGCAUCAACGAUGUUCGCAACAUGACUGCAUACCUCUCCGAACACUUUGGUUACAAGCGCGAGGAUAUGGUUAUUCUUACGGACGACCAGCAGAACGCCAUGAGCCAGCCUACCAAACAAAACAUUCUCCGAGCCAUGCACUGGCUAGUGAAAGAUGCGCGACCUAACGAUUCCUUGUUCUUCCACUACUCAGGUCACGGAGGACAAACCAAGGAUCUCGACGGCGACGAAGACGACGGUUACGACGAGGUCAUUUACCCUGUUGACUUCCGACAAAACGGCCACAUCGUAGACGAUGAAAUGCAUCGCAUCAUGGUUCGCCCUCUACAGGCUGGCGUUCGCCUGACUGCCAUCUUUGAUUCUUGUCACUCCGGAACCGCUCUCGAUCUGCCCUACAUUUACUCGACCCAAGGUAUCCUCAAGGAGCCCAACCUGGCCAAGGAGGCCGGCCAAGGCUUGCUCAGCGUUAUCUCUUCAUACAGCCAAGGCGAUCUCGGUGGUGUCGCUAGCAACAUCUUCGGCUUCAUCAAGAAGGCUGCCAACGGCGACGAGGCUCGUGAGCGUACCAUGAGGACAAAGACCUCUCCUGCUGAUGUUAUUAUGUGGUCCGGCAGUAAAGACGACCAGACUUCUGCUGAUGCUACUAUUGCCUCCCAAGCUACUGGCGCCAUGUCUUGGGCCUUUGUCACUGCGCUCAAGAAGAGCCCCCAGCAAAGCUAUGUCCAGCUGCUGAACAGCAUUCGUGACGAGCUCGCAACGCGCUACAGCCAGAAGCCCCAGCUGUCAUGUAGCCACCCUCUUGUCCAGCCAUUGACCAAGUAUUAG